AUGGUUCUGGGAGUCCAACGAAGAGAUGAAGGCUUGAACUGGAGUGGAUAUAAGUAUUUCAAUUGGAGGGGUAGAGUGAGGGGCGCUGGGUUUUUAUAG